AUGAUGAUUGGCGGCGUUACCAAGCGCAUGGACGAAGGCAUGAAGGUCCGCGGCGACAUAUACGUACUCCUCAUGGGUGACCCCGGUGUGGCCAGGAGGCAGCUCCUCCUGCACAUUGCGACCGUGAGCCCGAGAGACAUCUACACGACGGACAAGGGCAGUUGUGGCGUCGGUCUCACGGCCGCGGUCGUGCGCGACCAGAUCACCAAGGAGACGACGCUCGAAGGCGGCGCGCUCGUGCUGGCCGACAUGUGCAUUUCCUGCAUCGACGAGUUUGACGAGAUGGAGGAGGGCGACCGUACGGCCAUCCACGAGCAGCCCGUACGCAUUGCCCAAACCGGUAUUACGACGACGCUCAACGCGCGGACGACAGUGUAG